AUGCUGGCGGAAUAUUUGAUGAAGCAGGUCACGGCAGAGCUGGAUGAAUGGCAUUUAGCAGAUGCCAAGAAGGACAGUCGAUUGGAGCAGUUGAUCCACAUGAGCAUUGAGGUGCUAUCGAGCUUCCGCCAACGAGUCUCGUCUUGGCUGCAGGAGGGCUCUAGAGAUACGUCCCUCCUGGCUGCGCUGGGCCCACCACCAGAGGCAGUUGCGGUUCACAGCACUUCCGAGGACUCGCAGGACUCGCUGCUAAUCUCCCCAUCUGCAGAGGAAUUAUGUGACUCAGGCAACCCUGCUAGAGCAGUCGCAGCAAGCGCUGGGGUCGUUCGCAAUCAUGGAGAGCUUUUGGCUACGGAAGGUCACGGGCUGCCGAGUCGCGACAAGGCGGUGAUUGAUGCAGCAUCGCCGUCAUCCCCGACCCACUGCAAUCCCUUCGGCAACCACGUCUGGCCUGGUGCCGCUGGAUGA